UUCUACUUCCUGUUCGGCGGUAAAGCGUGUUCUGGUUUGUGAGCCGCUAACGUUAUAGUGACGAAGCGAGGGAAUCAAACAUCUAACCACCGGGGCACUCGUUUGAACCGAAUUAAAAAUGAGUUUACCUCUGAACCCGAAGCCCUUCCUGAACGGCCUGACAGGCAAACCCGUGAUGGUGAAGCUGAAGUGGGGAAUGGAGUACAAGGGCUACCUGGUGUCUGUGGAUGGAUACAUGAACAUGCAGCUGGCAAACACGGAGGAGUACGUGGACGGAGCAUUGGCAGGUCACCUCGGUGAAGUGCUCAUCAGGUGCAAUAAUGUUCUGUACAUCAGAGGUGUAGAAGAAGAAGAGGAGGACGGAGAAAUGAGGGAGUGACGUUGGCGUCUGGGGGCGACUGCUCCUCGUAGAGUUGAGUUAAUCUGUCUGUGUUUUCACCAUGUGAAACAUUGGGGGGGCGGGGGGGUCAGGAAGGGGUGUUGCUUUUCAAGCAGUUUUGAAAAUGCUGUUCUUUUUUUUUACUGUAUAUGGAUUUUAUGUUGUGAUUUUGUGAUACAGACACAAUAAAGUGAUUAUUGUACCAUU